AUGGCCAUCCGACGGGAACAGGAAAACACCUUUUAUGACGACAGUAUAAGGGACGAUACAAUUUUGAAAUUAAGCCUCCACCUGGAUGUGUGUAGCAUUCAAAGUAAAUACUGCUUUCUCCCCCUGCGCAAUUUGUAUACGCACCAGCUGAUCAAAAAAAUGGAGGAGAAAAUGACCAUAUCCCUAAACAAUGGAGAUAAAAAACUUCUCGAAUGGAAAGAAAUAAAUGACCACAAUUAUGACCAUGUAAUAAAAGAGAGGAAAACAUUUCUGCUCUACGGAUAUGCCCAUUACUCAAAUAGAUGUUUCACCCAGUUUGCUAAGUUGGCAUCCCUAAGUAAUGACUUGGUGGGAGUCAAGGAAGUUGAAAAAUUGCCCCUAUACAAGCUAAACGUAAGUUUGAAUAAUUUCCUCGUUCGUAAAUUCCAUAUUAAAUCCUUACCCACCAUUCAGUUAAGACAUAAAAAUAAACUAGUAGAUGAACUGGUCGGAAAUGAAUUAAAUGAACAAACAAAUGUGGACAGGCUACUAAGAAGGUGUGGCACUUAUUUUAACUCUAUUCGAGAGGUGAACAAUAUGAUCGAUUUUUUGGCCAGGGAAGAAGAGCUUCCCAAUAGUGGUUAUAAUGAGUUAUUGGAGAAGGAAGAAUUUCUUCAUGGGAUAUGCCCACCACCCAUAGUAACAACAAAUGGGGAAGCCAAUAUGGAUGUUACCACGUGUCCGCCCCUAAAGGACAAAAACAACUUUACAUUACAAAUGAAAGAAAAACUUUUACCAAAAGAUACGCUAAACGAUUUACUUCUAAAAUAUCAGUGCACCACUUACGUCAUUUUUAAAAAGCUAGAACUUUUACUCAAUGCAGAAAAAAAAAAUACUCAUCUGAUCAAACUUGUCUUGAAUGAAAUAAUUGCCAACCAUAGUUCCUACUUGGAUAUAAAUGAACACUACAGCAGGUUAAUGGCCCAAGCAUUUCUACUUCUUUUCGAUGAGGAAAAAUUGACAAUCACACAUUUGUUGGACCUAAAAAAAGAUUUGGAAGCAGCAGAGGGAGACUCUUCUAUACAAGCUCAUAUUGUCCAGUCGAUUCAUUUCAACGAACCGAUCAUCACUUUUGACAAUUUUAAAAAUAUUCAUUUGAAGCGUCUAAAGAGGGUAGACGAAUUUUUAUCCAACCAAUCUCCAGUAGAGGCUGCGUCAAAAAGAAUAGCCUCUGCGGAAAUCACCCCCCAUUUAGGCGAAAAACAGGAAGAAGUACAAAAGGACAAAUGGAAAGAAGCCUCGCAAAUCAAUGCAAAGACAAGAUACCUCAGUCGCGUGUGCAGAAUGUUGGCCAUAAAAUAUUUGCUAAAGGAACAGUAUGAUGAUGCCUUCCACCACGCACUACAAUCUUACACAUUAACAUUUCCCCUAAAUGAUAUGGACACAUCUAAAUCGAAGGUCCUCAUUGAAAAUUUAAUUUUAUAUCUAGGGGCAUACAAUCAGAGUGUCAUUAAAUUUUUGAGCAAUCUCCAACUGCUCUUUACGGACAAAAUAUUUAAGGUCGUUCGGUUUCCCCACACAAGGGCAAUUAAAGGUGGAAGGCCAAUGAUGAAAAGGGGGAAGUCUGGUAAGUGGCUGUGGCUAAGUCAGGACUGGAAACCUCGGUGGUUGAAGAAAAAGGCAAAGUUGAUUUUGGAGGAGGAAUGGAAGUGCGUCCCUGAUAAGAACGUCCCCUUCUGGAAUUAG